AUGCCCAAGACGAGAAACGUUACCCGCUCGCAGUGGGAUGCAGCAAAUACAGCCAGCACCAGCGGCUCUCGUACUCGACGUCAGAAUGUGAACAGCAUGGCCGGCAGCGAGAAGGAGAAUGCGGGUCCGUCCGGAACUCGAGAAACCAGGUCGCAAGCGCGAGCUGCAGGCCGGACUGGACUAUUGGCAGGCUCGAACAUUGCCGUUCUCGGGCAAAUCACCCCGACGACAAACAAGGUACAGGCAGACAAGACCACCGCAAAAAACAAGACAAUCUCGAAGGGAAAGGGCAUACGCCCGCCUCCUGCUCUCAAACGAAAGAAGCAACCGCUGCAGGACAUCACAGCAGAGUUUCUACCAGCGCAGGCCGAGGCUGCCAACCGUGGCGAGGAAGCUCCUGUUCAUGAUGGUGCCGAUGGUGUGGUAGGUUCUCGACCCACCGAGACCACAAAUGUUGUCGCAAGUUUCGCAUCUCCUGACAUUAUCGCCGCAUCCGCAAUUCCUGUUCCCAAGUUUACAUCACCCCUUCCCCCGUCUUCUCCACCCUCCGCUCAUUAUGCAUCGCCAUCCAUGCGUCCAAUUUCUUCUGCUCCAGUACUUCUUGACAACGUCACCUUCCCCUCCACGCACUCAGCUGCACAAGAUGUUGAUGAACCAUGGCAGGACGAAGACAUUGGCAAUCACGACUCCGAGGCCAGCGUCGGCCCACUCAGCUCGAACUCUGACCCUUUUGGCUUCGUAUCCCUGGAGCGCAAACUCAAGGCUGAUCGUGAGGCAGCUGCCCUUCUCGUUUCUGGUCAUGACCACGAAGAAGAGGCAGUGGUCCUGGUUGCCGAAACAUCUUCACCGCGCCCCGUGCCUCGCUUGAAGCGUUCCCUGGAAAACGAAGAAGACGAACCUUCAAAAGCUGUUGAGGAAAUACACGACCAGGUCCAUUAUGCAACCCCGCCGACGCCUCACAAGGACAAGCAAAAGCGAAGGCGAAUGUCGCACGAGGGACACGACAUCUUCAGCCCUUGCUCCUCUUCUGUCGAGCCUUCUCCCUCCCCUACUAAAGCAUCGGCGCGUAAACUGCCGACCCAAGCCCUCUCCAACAAUCCUCUUGACAAAUUUAACGAGGAGUUUGAGCGCAGCUUCGAGGCCUUGAAAGGGUCGCAACUCGACCUAACCACUACCGUCGAUCCUGAUGCCGUAUCGCGAAACCUUAGGUCUCGAGAGAAGCCUUUGCGCCGAUUACAGUUGGGCAGAGAAGAAGAAGACCGUUCAAAUAAGCUUGUCGUCAAGAGCAAAGGAAAGAGUGCCCAGAAACCUGUCAGCAAGUCUCGAUCGGCAGCAAUGAGAAAGAGGCCCACAUCGAAGCAGGUGGCUAAUAUUGUCAAUGUUCACGAAGAAGAGUCGGAAGAGAGUUGGGAACGAGCGCGUCAGGAAAGAAUUGAAUAUUUCAAACGCCUCGAGUCCUACGAAGUCGAAAAGGAGGAUUAUAUCUGCAUCCCCAUGGUAUUACUUUCUCGACACUGUGCAUAUGUACUUGUUGGACUCGCGCUGGACCACUCAAGGACCACACAAGACCGGACUCUCAUCAAGGAUGGUCAAUUGGUUCGGAACUUGCCCCUCGCUAGGUGGCUACCUGUGUCUGCACCAAGUGCUGUUACCUCUGAUUCUAACCCCAAAUUGAUGUUCUUGUCGGGCGCGAGAUCAAUUGAAGUUGUCUAA